GAUGCCUGUGCUGGAACAAGAACCUUCCAGAGACAGCCAUGGCCUACCCACACUACCUGUACCAGACCUGCAGCAAACCCUGUCUUCAUACCUGAGGUGUGUGAAACAUCUCGUGCCUGAAGCUCAGUUUCAGAAGACCAAAGACAUGGUGGAGAAGUUCGGCAAACCAGGAGGAACAGGAGAGAUGCUCCAGAAGAAAUUACUGGAGAGGAGAGACCAGACCAAGAACUGGGUUUAUGAUUACUGGCUGGAGGACAUGUACCUGAACAACAGACUCGCACUUCCUGUUAACUCCAGUCCCGUCCUGGUGUUUCCCAGACAGGACUUCAGAGACAGAGACGACUCCCUCAGAUUUGCUGCUCGUCUGAUGUCAGGUGUGAUGGAGUAUAAAGCCAUGCUGGACAGGAGGACUUUACCCCCGGAUUGUGUUCGAGGUCAGGAGGUCGGUGCUGAGCUGUGUAUGGAGCAGUAUUACCGUUUCUUCACAUCCUACAGACGACCUGGACUAAACAAAGACUCACUGAUCACACAGAGCAGCACAGGAGCCCAGAAAACACCUGAACUCGGACACGUCAUAGUGGCCUGCAACAACCAGUUCUUUGUGUUAAAUCUGAUGGAGAAAUCGCGGAGGCUGGACGAGAGUGAUGUCCUUACCCAGCUGGUCAGGAUCAGUAAAAUGGCAGAGAAGGUUGAGGAGAAACGUCCCCCUGUCGGCCUCUUCACCUCGGACAGCCGCACGGACUGGGCUAAAGCUAGAGACAUGCUGCUGAAAGACCCAGUGAACCGUGAGUCUCUGGAGCUGAUGGAGCAGUGUGUGUGUGUGCUGUGUCUGGAUGAACCCACUGGAGUUCAGCCCACCGACUCCAACAGAGCGGCACUCAUUCUGCACGGCGGUGGUCAUGACAAGAACGGCGCCAACCGCUGGUACGACAAGUCGGUGCAGUUUGUGGUUGGUGCUGAUGGUGUGUGUGGAGUGGUGUGUGAACACUCACCAUUCGAGGGGAUCGUUCUGGUCCAGUGCACUGAAUACCUGUUGAGGUACGUGUCCAGAAGCCCCAGUAAGCUGAUGAAGAGGUCGAGUGUGAGCGAUCUUCCAGCUCCACAAAGACUCUCCUGGAAUUGUUCUUCUCAGAUCCUGAGCAUGCUCUCAUCCUCUGCUAACAACCUUCAGAGACUCGUAAGAAACCUGGAUAUGGAGGUUUUCACAUUCCGAGGAUACGGCAAAGAGUUUAUUAAGAAGCAGAAGAUGAGUCCUGACGCUUUCAUCCAGGUGGCGCUACAGCUGGCCGUCUACAGAUGCACCAGGAGGUUAGUCUCCACCUACGAGAGCGCCUCCACCCGCCGUUUCCUUCACGGUCGUGUUGACAACAUCCGCUCGUCCACUGCCGAGGCGCUGCACUUCUCUAAAGCCAUGACAGAUGAGGGAGUGUGUGUGCAGGACUCUGAGAAGAUGGAGAGACUGAGGAAGGCUAUAGACAUACAGAGCCACAACACCAAGAUGGCCGUUACAGGAUUUGGAAUAGAUAAUCACUUGCUGGGCCUUCGGGAAAUUGCCCGAGAGCUGAAGAUGGAAACUCCAGACAUUUUCACAGACGAGACAUAUCGCCUCAGCAACCAGUUCAUCCUCUCCACUAGUCAGGUCCCUACAACAGUAGACAUGUUCUGCUGUUAUGGCCCAGUGGUUGCUAAUGGUUAUGGGGCAUGUUACAAUCCACAGGCUGAACACAUCCUGUUCUGCGUGUCCAGUUUCCGUGAGUGUGUGUCCACCUCAUCUCUACUGCUGGUGAAGGCUCUAGAUCAAGCACUUACAGACAUGAGGGAGCUGUGCAAUAAAUGCAACACUAUCGGUCAGAAUGAGGGUGGGGCUAAGCCAGCCACGCCCAGGAAGUAA